AUGGAGCUCAUUCCUGCCCUUCUCUUCUGGUCGCUCUUUGUGCAACAUUGUGUGGCCAACAGUGCUUGGAAUGGUUUCGUACCUCCGGGCACAGAUCGACCAGCUAGCUUCACACCAUAUUUCGUGCCACCAGGGGCGAAGGGCUAUGACUCGUCUUCGCCUCUUCUCCACUACUCUGGCCAUUGGGCUGACGUUUUUUCGUCCGCAUAUAUACAAAAGACCCUUCGUUCCACUUCGGAGCCUGGUGCUUAUAUGGCUUUCACAUUCACUGGCACUGGAAUUGAAUGGUUUGGGAAUGAGGAUCCGAGGCACGGAAUCUCGCAGGUCUACAUCGACGGCGUCAUGGUUCAGGAAGUAGAUGCAUGGAGCGUUAUUCCAAGGAAACAGCAGCGAUUAUACUGGAAUUUCCAGCUGCCGGCAGGUAGACACACCAUGAAGAUCGUCAAUACAGGCAAGAAGAGGAAUGUGUCGAAAGGCACAUACAUGGAUGUGGAUGCUCUUGUGGUCACCCUAGGACCACCGCUCGAUCGAAACGUAUAUCCAAUUCAGAGCCUGGACGUCGCCGCCGAGCCUGCCUCAGACUAUCCGCCGCUCUUUGACUAUGCUUCGUCUCCCCCUACGGCUUCCCAAUGGACCCUUAUGCAAGAGGGAAGCACCGGUGUCUCUGCCAUGCAACUAGCUGUUGUCUCUAAUUCUCAUGCUCUGAUAAUUGAUAAGGUGGAGCAUAAUCCCUUGACCAUCUCUGGACAUCCUGCGUGGGCAGCACUCUACAAUCUCAAGACUCACGCAGUCAAACCCCUUGCUAUGCAGUCUAACUCCUUCUGUGCGGGAGGGACCUUUCUCAGCAAUGGGACACUGAUCAAUAUCGGAGGCAAUCCUGUUGUCGAGGACCACACCUCAGCUGCUGACUUUGGCGACUUGGACGGCUUACAGGCCAUUCGCGUCUUCGAACCUUGUGACUCCGAGGACGUGGAUGAUUGCAGCAUAUACGAGCAUCAUGACCGGAUCCGUACAACAAGUCCUCGCUGGUACAAUACGGUCGUACGUAUCUCAGAUGGAAGUGCGAUGAUUAUCGGCGGCUCUCUGAAAGGAGGCUGGAUCAACAAUGUCACUGUCAACAAUCCAACGAUCGAGUACUGGCCGCCAAAAAAUAUUGAUGGAUCAAACGGGCUGCCUAUUUACCUGCCAUUCUUGGUAGAUACUCUGAACGCGAAUCUCUUUCCUGUUGCCUUUUCUCUGCCGGAUGGCAUGGUAUUCAUGGCUGCGAAUCAAGAUGCCAUGGUCUAUGACUGGCAACACAAUACUGAGCACAGACUACCGCAGAUCCCAAACGGUGUACGAGUGACUUAUCCCAUGGCUGGUACAGCUCUGUUACUCCCUCUUUCUCCAGUCAACAAUUAUGCUCCGGAAGUGCUCAUCUGUGGGGGAUCUACAGUUGACGACAAGAAAGCUGGAUAUGAGAUCACUUCACAGGACUUGGCCUCUGCACAAUGUUCUCGACUGCUGCUGACGGACGCCGGUAUUGCUGCGGGCUGGCAAGUCGAGGACAUGCCUCAGGCGCGCACCAUGCUCGAUGCUAUACUGUUGCCUACUGGUAAGGUUGUCAUCGUAAACGGAGCCGCGACCGGCAUUUCGGGCUAUGGCAAUGUCAUCGACCAGAUUGGUGCAUCCAACGCCGACAAUCCUGUGUUUACUCCCGUUCUUUAUGACCCGUUAUUACCGCAGGGGCGACGAUUCUCAUCGCUGGGCAUGCCGACGAGUAAUAUCGCGAGGAUGUAUCACUCAGUUGCGACGUUGACACCCAAUGGAAACAUUAUGGUUGCUGGAAGUAAUCCGAAUCUGGAUCGCAGUGAGGUAGAGUAUGGGACAGAAUAUCGCGUCGAAUGGCUGAACCCGCCAUACAUGAUCGUCGAAAGACCAGCUGUUGUCGCUGCAACGCUGAAGCAGCUUAAUUUUGGCCAGAGCAUUCAGGUGAACGUACAGCUGCCGUCCUCGACCAACGACGAUGAUGUUGUGAAGGUUGCCCUGAUGGAUCUGGGCUUUGUAACGCAUACCGUGCACGCCAAUUCGCGUCUGGUCUAUCUUGCAUCGACGCUUUCGGAUGACAAGCAAAUACUCAUGAUCACUGGUCCACCGAGUGGGAAUGUGUAUCCGCCAGGGCCUGGCUGGUUAUACAUCGUUGUAAACGAUAUACCUAGUAUUGGGUUCAAGGUGAUGGUGGGAGAUGGCAAGGGGCCUACCGUUGAUGACGGUGCACUGCAGAACAUGCUUACCAAAACCGAGAUUGACCAAUAUGAGAAGUCAAAGAAGAAAGACAAAAGCAAGGCAAAAGGGGGAGCAAAAUGUUGUUGA